GCCCCGCCCCCUCCUCCUCCCUGGAGCCGCAAAAUGGCGGAGACAAUGAAGAGGAGCCUCCUCCUCCUCUUCGGCGCCAAAGCUUGAGCGGAGGCCGACGGAAGGCGCUCUCUCCCUCUGUGUCCCGCCCCCGUCCCUCGGCCUCCCCGGUCCCUCCCUCCCUCCCUCCCUCCGCGGCGCCAUGAAGCUGACGGACAACGUGCUGCGGAGCUUCCGCGUGGCCAAGGUCUUCCGCGAGAACUCGGACAAGAUCAACUGCUUUGACUUCAGCCCCAACGGAGAGACGGUCAUCUCCAGCAGCGACGACGACUCCAUCGUCCUCUACGACUGCCACGAGGGCAGGCCAAAGAGAACACUAUACAGUAAAAAGUAUGGAGUUGAUCUCAUCAGAUACACACAUGCUGCCAACACUGUAGUAUACAGUUCCAAUAAAAUUGAUGAUACAAUCAGAUAUCUCUCUCUACAUGACAAUAAAUACAUCAGAUACUUCCCAGGACACAGCAAGAGAGUUGUUGCUCUAUCUAUGUCUCCUGUGGAUGAUACUUUUAUUUCUGGGUCACUUGAUAAGACCAUCCGACUUUGGGAUCUUCGGUCUCCAAACUGCCAGGGUUUGAUGCAUCCUCAAGGGAAGCCUGUCUGCUCAUUUGAUCCAGAGGGGCUGAUUUUUGCAGCUGGGGUCAAUUCUGAAAUGGUGAAACUUUAUGAUCUUCGCUCUUUUGAUAAGGGUCCAUUUGCUACUUUCAAAAUGCAGUAUGACCGAACGUGUGAAUGGACUGGAUUGAAGUUCAGCAAUGAUGGUAAACUUAUUCUCAUAUCAACCAAUGGAGGUUUUCUCCGGCUCAUUGAUGCCUUCAAAGGAGGUGUUCUUCAUACAUUUACGGGAUACAACAAUAGUAAAGCUGUCACACUGGAGGCAUCCUUCACCCCAGACUCACAAUUUAUAAUGAUUGGAUCAGAGGAUGGGAAGAUCCAUGUCUGGAAUGGAGACACUGGAAUGAAGGUAGCAGUGCUGGAUGGGAAGCAUACAGGCCCCAUUACCUGUUUGCAGUUCAACCCCAAGUUUAUGACCUGUGCCAGUGCAUGCUCUAAUAUGGCCUUUUGGUUACCAACAUUAGAUGACUAGUUCUGCACAUCAUUUCUAUUGGACAGUCCAUACUGACAGACAUAUAUGAUGGCAAUGAAAGUAUUGCAGUUGCAUCACUCAGACAGAAUGUUCUAAUCAAGCACUUCAUAUGUAUGAUUUGUUUCCUGCAUUUCUCUGAAAGGAUUUUUUUGGUGCAUUUGAUUGCGCAGAACCGUGCCUGAAAACCGUCACAUCUAGCACUAUCUCAGCUAUAUCAGAAUGCAUCUCAGAUAGCUGCUUUGUUCUGGAAUAUACCCUGGUUCAGAUUUGUUACUUCGGUUUUUAAAAAAAUUAAUGGAAGGCUGUCACUCCUGGAAUGCAGUACUUGUUUAAAAGUGGACUUUUCCAGCAUUACAGUUUUAAAAUCGACGUUAUCUAAAAUGUGCAUUCUUAAGCAAAUGCUUGUGUUAUAUAAUACUUUUGUGCCAUGUAUACAGAUAACUGUCCAAUUCUUGAGAGAAGUUUCAGAUGGUGUUGAAUCUUGUACUUGUGGAAAGACCCCAUGCUGUUAGGAAUGUUUAGCAUCCAGGAAACCAUGGAAGGUUUGCACCCUUUUCUGUGGGCAACAUUUCAGACACAAAGUCACUUCGGAGUGUUGUGGUGGAGAAUCAUAAGCAAUACAGGAAACUUUCUGUUGGAAAAUGCUGUCAAACAGACUGGAUGGAAAUACACUCCCUAUUCUCCUUCAGUAUAAUCUUAGCUAACUAUGUAAAUAUGUAGGGAGGGUGGGGGGGUGUCACAUUUUUUAUUCUUUUUUAACUAUUCUUUAUUAAAAAGUAACACUUGGACCAGUACAGUAUUGUGGAAUGAGUCUUGGUUGUGUAUUUGCCUUUCAUCGAACAUUCUGUAUUUCCAUCCCAUUCUUCCAGGAUACUCAAUGAUUACUCACCAGCCCUAGCGCAUGUUCCUUUAUCAUGUAUUGUAUAAUUAUGCAUUUAGUUAGCUUUUUCUAAUCCACCUAACUUGAUGUAAUUAAAAUUUCCAGUUAAUGAACUUGAGUCUUUUAUUGACACAGUUUUGCAGAAUAAUAAGGCUUGUAGUAAACGUGCAGUGGCAUCCUUUCCAGGCCAAUAUAUAAACUCAUGUCUUAGAGCUAUAAUAUGUAUACUAUAUUUACUCUUACACUUCAUUGGGAAGGUAACAGCGUUCCAUGCAGUCAUGCUGGCCGCAUGAUCACUGGAGUCAUCUUUGGAUGACACUGGUUCUUUGGCUUGGUAGGUAAGGCAUUCAGUGAACUAUCGACCUAUUUCCUUAUGAUCUUCAUUACCAAAUACCUAUUAGUGAUAACCUUUAUAUUUCAGGAAUUAACCGUUCAGUUUUCUCAUGCUCUGGUAGUUUUAAUUCAUCUUUGAACCUCAGUGUUUGUAUCUUCUCCAGCCAGCUUUCUUUGUCUGUUCACUGCUUUGCUUAGCAUUGUUUAGAUGCUGUGGAGAUCUUCUCUCUGUGUUACUAGUAUAUGUUGUAUCAGACAUUAUCCUCCAAAGAGCUGUUGCACAUAAACCAGCCUGAAGAAUGUAAAGCUUUUAAAUUUGUGUUGGUAACUCUAGGUGGAAAUUUUCUAGUUGUCUCUUUGCUAACAUUAUUGUAUCCACAUUUAAAAUGAUUUUUGUAUGUGUUUGUGUUUACUUGUUUCACUCACAUAUAUCUGUCAAAGUGCCAUGAUGCAAGUAGUUGCAGCUCAAGCAUUCAUUUCAGUGGUAUCAUUAUCCCACCUCAUGAGAAUUUGCAACAUUGACAGGCAGGUCAGAUACAACACCAAGACUCAGGCCAAGAUUUUGUGCAAUGAUUCCUUCUAUGCUGUAGCAUAAUCUGUAGGUUCUUUUUAUUUACUUUUUAAUAAUACAAGUGUAUUAACACUC